CCUACUUUGCGAAAUGAAGGCAAUUCUUCGGCGUUUGAUAGGGCCCAAAGUGCAAUUUGCUUAUCCAAAAACCUACAGUACACACAUAUCAAUCAUAACUGGACUGAAGUUCUCGAAGCUCAGACUUGUCAUCAAUGGCUUCAUCACUCCGUCCUAUUUUCUCCGCAGCUACGACAUGUUCUCCCAUAGAACGACAACUCCCUUUGACCCCACUUUCAUUCCCCAACAACACUCAAUCCCACCAUUCCCAUAUCUCCGUUUCUUGCUUUCGUAGGCCUUGUACAUUUCCACUCACCCAAACUCCAAACUCUCUUAAGACCAAAAGAUUCAUUAACAAUUUCGAUCUCCAUUUCUCUUCCACUGCCCAACACCAAGCUCUCGAGUCUUCCCCGGUGAGUGGUUCGAAAAAAAGCCAAGAACUUGAGUCAGACACUGAGGAGGAUGUUUAUAAAGACAGAUUGCGUGCUGAUAACGUGCCUUGGGAUUACACUCCUGAAGAUGUUCUUGCUCUAUUCAAGAAGUAUGGGACUGUUGUAGAUGUUGAGGUUUCUAGGCCUAACAAGACACAAAACAGUGGCCGGGCACUUGUUACAAUGGGUUCACCAGAAGAAGCUCUUGUGGCUCUCAAUAAUCUGCAAUCGUAUGAAGUGGAGGGUGGAUUCUUAAAAGUUGAUUAUUGCAGACGAAGUAAGUAUAAAGUUGGCACUUCUAAGCAGCCUACGCUAGAAGUGACAUACGAUUUGUUUGUUGCGAAUUUGUCAUUUGAAGCUACAGAUAAAGAUCUCAGAGACUUCUUUACCUCUGAGGGUCAUAGUGUAGUUUCUACAGAAGUUGUAUUCAGUGAAAAUCCAAGAAGAUCUUUGGGAUAUGGAUUUGUGUCCUUCAAAUCCAAGAAUGAUGCCGAUGCAGCUCUAACUUCUGUUCAAGGAAAGAUGUUAAUGGGAAGACCGAUUCGAGGCAAACGCAGGAAACCAUUUGUUAGAGUCAGAGAACCAGCCACAGAGAGUGCAGAGUCUGACAAUACUCGCCGGAGUUGAAUUUUGGUGCAGACGAAGCAGAAAUAGCUUAUUAAGUAUAGAUGUGCCAUUUCGGUGUGUAUACUGAUAUCAGGUAAUCUCUUCUUGAUGUUUGCUUAUGUAUAUCUUUUGUUAAUUCUGAAACCUUAUCUCGCUUACAAAAUUAAUUUAAGAGAAGUUUUGUAAUCAGAAAAUGCCAUUCAAUUGAUUUGAUUUGAGAAAAAGUGUAUAAGAGGGUGUAAUAUAAAGUGUAUUUAGUAUUUCUCUUUCAAAGUUAUCACCAUCAUCUAUACAUGAAUUUUCCAUUUGGACUAUAAAAUUGUAGCACAUGAGUUCUACAUAAAUGUUACCUUAACAAUAUGCAAUAGAAGGGCCACGGUUUUAAUGUUUA